UCGCUGUGGCUCCAUUGUCGUCGUCUUGGUCGGGGCUGGAGCCCGAAGGAGGAGGCAGGAGGCGGCGCAGGAGGGAGCCCCGGCUGGGAAGGUCGCCCGGUGCCCGGCUGCCGGCCCUGGAGCCCCGCGGGGCAUGAGAGGGCCCCGGCCGCCUCCCCAGUCUCCUCCUCCUCCUCGGCUGCUGCUGCAGGAGGUGCCCCCGGGAGCCCCGCCAUGUCCAGGAGGAAGCAGAGCAAGCCCCGGCAGAUCAAGCGCUCCAUUGGUGAGAUGGAGGAAGGAGACAACGCGCCCUUGGAGGACAACAGCCAAUUGGAAAAGGAGGGAGGGGCUUCCGACCGCGACGGCGAAAGUUCUGUGGAAGGCGAUUCGUCCAGCUCCCUCUGUAGUGAAAGAGCCGAACCCAAAGAAAACUCAGAGAAUCCAAUGGAGUUGGAGAAACAAGAGAUUAUGGAGAAGCCUCGGGACCUAAAGCAGUGGAAUGGGCCAGCUGAACUGGAGCUGUCAACCUCUGAAGGGGAGAGCAAGUUGCGAGCCCAACAGAACGUUCCAGCAGGAUUGUCCUGGGGUCCGUACCGGGGGAAUAUCCAGAGCGACCCUACAUCUCCAGGACACAACGAACCGCCAAACCAUCCAGUAACCCUGACACUGGAAGACGAUGACUGCUGGCUGUCAAAACUGCCUUUGGUUUCCUGCGAAGGGGAUGCCAAUUCAGUGAUCUACAAGAAAGAUGAUGCAAUCUGGUGCAAAACCACAACAGCCAUCGCAGAAGGGGAUGCACUGAAGGCAUUUGUCAUGGCUGAGCCCAUGGGGAUCCCCAACCACACGGUGAAGACGGAGGCUGGGGAGUCUACCUACCCAGCAGCUCUUCCCCCCGAAAUCCAGCUCCUGCCACAGCAAGCAGGCAUGGCAGCCAUCUUGGCCACAGCAGUUGUCAACAAGGAUGUCUUCCCCUGUAAGGACUGUGGCAUUUGGUACCGGAGCGAACGCAACCUGCAAGCCCACCUGAUGUAUUACUGCGCCAGCCGCCAAAACACUGCUUCGCCCACCGUGGAUGAAAAGCCCAAGGAGGCCUACCCCAAUGAGCGCAUCUGCCCCUUCCCACAAUGCAAGAAGAGCUGCCCCAGCGCCAGUUCACUGGAGAUCCACAUGCGCAGCCACAGUGGAGAAAGGCCAUUUGUUUGCCUCAUCUGUCUUUCUGCUUUCACAACAAAAGCCAACUGCGAGCGACACCUGAAAGUGCACACAGACACACUAAAUGGAGUCUGCCACAGUUGUGGCUUCAUCUCCACUACAAGGGACAUCCUCUACAGCCACCUUGUCACAAACCAUAUGAUCUGCCAACCUGGCUCCAAGGGGGAGGUUUACUCCCCUGGCACCACCGUUCCUGCUCCUGCCAACAAACCACUCACCCCAGGUGUGAGUGCAUCAGGUCCAUCCAGUACCCUCAAGUGCAGCUUCUGUGGCUACAUUGCUGACUGCUUACCUGCCCUCCAACAGCAUGUGGUCUUGCACAGUGUUGCUGCCGCUGCCGCUGCAAUUCUUCCAGGCUCGGAUUCCAAAUCUGCCCAAAGUCAGCCAGAUGUUCCGGCCAAACUUACAAUGCAAGGAGGGAAGGUGCCCCCUGCAGAGGAAAUGGCAAAUGGCUCCCCUCCACAAGAAGGAAGCUCCUCGGCAGCCUUAGCAGAUGAGGUGCUGCAGGUGCGGAUCAAGGAGGAGCCCAUGGAUGAGGGGGAAGCACCCACAGGACCCCCUCAGGCGAGGACAGCCACCGGUCUAGAGUCCGAACCCGAUGCCUCUUCCAGAGCAUCCUCUCCCCGCAGCAUGCAGUCUGUGAAGAUAAAAUCGGAGAUCACCAGCCCCACUCCGGGGUCCAGUCCAGUGCCCAGUGAGCCCGGAUCCAGCACGCCCGGUGGGGCCAUAUUUCUGCCCCAGUAUGUGUUUGGCCACGAGGCCACUGUGGUGCCACAAGCUUCGGAGAUCUUAGCCAAGAUGUCAGAGCUGGUGCACAGCCGCCUCAAGCAGGGCCACGGUGGGGUUCCACCAGCCCUCUUCCCAGGCACCCCGGUGCCUAAAGGGGCAACUUGCUUCGAGUGUGAGAUCACUUUCAACAACAUCAACAACUACUACGUCCACAAGCGGCUGUAUUGCUCCAGCCGCCGGGUGACGGAAGAGAACUCCUCCGGUGCUCGCAAGUUAAAAUUGGGGCCCUUGGCCGCCCCCAAAGGCCCCACUGCAGCGCUCCUCUCGCCCCAGGUGCCUGGGGAGGGCAAGGCCACUCAAGAGGGGGAUGCAGGGGGAGGCACCACCCCACCUGCCCCAGAGAUCAAGCAAGAGAUCAAGAUGGAGGAGGGUGCUGCCAAAGCGAGCCCCUCCCCAGAGGCAGAUGGAACAGGGCGCACAAGCGAGGACAGCCAGAGUCCCGGGGCCAGCUCAGUGGAGGAGCCGGACGACGACCCCAGCCGGACUGUGUGCGAAGCCUGUAACAUCCGCUUCAGCCGCCAUGAGACGUACAUGGUGCACAAGCGCUACUACUGUGCCUCCCGCCAUGACCCACCACUGCGCCGGAGUGGGGCUUCCAGCAAAGUGCCCUUCCUGCCCCAGCCCAUCCGUACCCGCAAGAGGCGCAAGCUGUACGAGAUCCACAAUGCAGCCAGCCAGCCUAACAGCAGCAGCAGCAGUACCCCAGAUGCCACCCGCCCCGAAGUGCCCCCCGUUGUCCCUGCUCUCAUCUCUGUGGUCAAGGCUGCCCCCUCUCCCAGCUCAAGCCCUGACGCUGAUGGACCUAUUGACCUGAGCAAGAAGCCGCGGCUCCAGGGAAGUAGCGAUGGAGACGUCCUCCCGGCUUCCUUAUUGCCCCUGGCGGACUAUCACGAAUGCACCGCUUGCCGCAUCAGCUUCCACAGUCUGGACAGCUACUUGGCCCACAAGAAGUACUACUGCCCAGCCACGCCGUUGCAACCCAGCACCCUGGAGCAGCUGCAGAAGAUCAAGGGGACGGUCCCGGCUCUUCUGAAACCUCGGGGCAGCCCAGAGGGUCUGGGGGACGAGCACGAGGGGACACCAGUCAAAGUGGAGAAGGCCACACCUUCCUUGAGCCCCGCUGCUCCCCAAGCCACCUUUCCGGGCAUGGACCCACUCCAGCAGCGUUACCUGGAUGCCAAAAGCCUCCACCUCCAAGCGGCUAAGUUGCCCCUGACAGUGUGCCCCUACUGCCCUCUCAACGGGGUUGUCAAGGGGGACUUGGUGGAGCACUUCCGCACUGCCCAUGGCCUCUUUGUUGCCAAAACAGUGGCCGGUGCCACCUUGAUAGAGGCCACAAGGACGCUGGCCGAGGGCCACUUGCUCCCACCAUUACCAGCAGCUUCCCCACCCCAGUCCAUCCCCCGGUUGCGCAAGGACAGCUUCAACGGCAAAGAGCCCCCGGUCCCUUCGGUGUCAAAUGGAAGCCCGCGUCCCACCAUUUCCCCACAGCCCCUCCUGCCCCUCUCCCCCUCUGCCCCUUUGCCCACCUCCCCUUUGCCCGAGGCAGCCCCCAAUACCCUCCCUGGGUAUACGGACAAAGGUGUGCAGACCCCGCCGGGCAAAGGUCCCCCGGUACCCGUGGCCAACGGCAACCACAGGUACUGCCGCCUUUGCAACAUCAAGUUCAGCAGCCUCUCAACCUUCAUCGCCCACAAGAAGUACUACUGUUCCUCACAUGCAGCUGAGCAUGUCAAGUAAUAUUUGACACACGUGUCCCAUGCCUGGGUGUCAUUUGCCAGCUGAGAAGCCCAGCCUCUGGCUAGUUGUGGCUACCAGCAGGGAAGGGAAAGGCAUUUGGGAGCCCUCGGUCAAGAGGAACUCUUCUGCCUUGAGGCCUCCUCGGCUCCAAGACUGGUGAAGAAGGAUGGGUUUUGCACUUUUGCGCAGGAAAGGGGUGACUGGUUGUCCCUGAAAGGCUAGCGGGUCCCCAAGGAAGGGACAACCGAGUUGUCUGCAGGGAUUGGGGGAACUUUGUGGAGUUGAGAAGAAAUGGAGGGGCAGGCGUAGAAAUAUCACAUACACAAAAACACACUGUAAAAAGCAGGAGCCCAAAUGCCUAGGCAGAAUGGCUACCCCACCCCACCCGUUCUUCCAAAUCCAUGUCCUAAAAAGAAUUCAGGGAUUGCUCCAAAGUGUUUUGCAGGAAGGAAUGGGUGCACAGUUUGAAUGAGAUGCACCCCUCUGUUCCUCAAGUUAGCUGAUCUGGAAUUGGCACAGCAUGGGCAACUUGAGAGUGGGCAUUUGGGUGGAAACCGGAACGCAAAGGGUUACAUAGCUACUAAAUGGAAUUGAACAUCCAUCUGAAAAAAUAUAGGUUUUAACUCUGUUCUUCCUCCAAGCAGUCAGUGGCCUGUUUCCUUUGGAGAGAGAGAGAGAAUAUAUAUCCACAUUGCAGAAAUAAAGCAGUUUGACGCCACUUUAACUGCCAUGACCAUAUCCUACAGAAUCCUGGGAUUUGUAGUUUGGCAAGGUACCAGUACCUUUGGACAAAUUAGGCUGAAUAACAGUUAAAGUGGCAGUAACAGAUCUUGUGAUGUUUUCUCAAAUGUCACUGCCCUAUAUGGAAAAGAUUUCCCCCAUUUCCAAAAAGAAACCUAAAAGAAAUGUAGGAUCUUUCUAUGACUUCCUUUUCCAGGGCUUUAUUUUAAGCCAUGGCUUGCAUCCCACCACUGUAUGGCUUUCUCAGUCUAUCUUUCUUCCAGCCCAAUAAGUCAAAAGUUACAGAAGCAACUGCUCCUGAGCAUGUGCAGAGUGCCUGCUUGUCAUCCAAAAGUGAACACAGCCAUGCACUUGGUGUUCAAAAUAAACUGCAAAGUGUGGCAUUUUAGUGAAACUUGUGGCUCUUGUGCCAUGUACAGUUAUAGCACUGCCAUUCUUUGCCUCACCAGACUACUGAUCCCAGGAUUCCUUAGGAAGGAACCAGGACAGUUAAAGUGGAAUCAGUGUGCUAAAACUGUGCAGUGAGAAAGGGCCAUUGGAUUGUGUGCAUGCUCCAAGAGAGAUCCGUACUUCUUGACAGUUUGCUUGUUUGAAAAGCAACUCUGGGAUGAAAGCAUAGCAUAAAUGAAACCUUGCAGACACCAGUAUAUUGUAGCUGUUGGCAUUUUGUUUUCCAAUGGAUGGGAAGCACAUACCUCACAUCCGACAAAAGGUGCACUCCUAGAGUUUGCAAGCACCAAGAAACCCCUGCAGGGACCUACUGACAGGGACAACCGAAGUGAUACCUCAGCAGUAGGUAGCAUCCCAAAAGCAGUUCUUGGGAAGCUAUCAAGAGACAGGAAAGCUCCUAUAUUGGCCAAAGCUCCUGAUCCAAACAAUGUAGCUGAGCCAUGCUGAAUUCUAGACCCAUAGGCAUAUGGAGUUGGUGGUACUGUUCAAGGGGUAGAGUUCUCCUGUGCCUCACUAUCAGGCAAAACAUGCACUCCCAGAACCCUUUCCUCCUUCCCUUCCUAGAGGUGGGUAUCUAUCCCCUUGGGACUUGCUCAUUGUCAUCUUAAGAUGGCAUCAUAAAGACUCAGGUAGAAUCCUGGGCAUUCCUUGACAUAGGGACAGAUGCAUAUAUCCCCUUAGAGGGGCAUGAUAACAGAUGGGGUUGUGUUGUCCAGUUGUCCCUUUCUGCAAAGCUAGUUGGAAAAGGAGUCGGGGGGUCGCCCAUCUGCCUUUGGGCGUGCAUUUCUCCCCCUUCCCUCCCCAUUCCCAAGUUGUUGUCCGGUGGGUUUAUGUAGAAUCGAUGUGGACUGGAACUGAAAAUGCAAACAAGACAGCACUGAAGAGGAGAGGCGGCUCUCCGUUUGGGAAUUGUGUGUAUAAGUGUGUACAUAAAUAAAUGUCUAAUGAACCUGUU